AUGAAUCUCAGCAAACAAUCCAAGACUGUUACUGGGCAUUUACCCAAGAGCGUUAAAGUGCGCUCUACUUGCAAUGCUUGUCAACAAGCUAAGAUCCGUUGCAGUCAUGAGAAGCCAUCUUGUCGCCGAUGUCAGAAGCAUGAUAUCGACUGUAUCUACAGUGUAUCACGAAGACUGGGCCGUCCUUCAAAGAAGAAAGAGUCACGAGUUGGCCUGGAAGAUUCACAGGAGCUGUUAUAUCGUCCAGAGCGGGAGAAGAAAAUGCGAAAGUCGACGAGUAAAAAAACCCACGCAGCAGUCAUAACGGUAGCGGUAGAGGAAGAACGGCCAGUGCCAGGUCCUGCAGAUGGGAAUGCAGACGAUAGUUUUGAGACCAGCCAGACUCACAACUGGCUCCAAGAUCUUAUGCCGGUUCACAGAGGAGCGAAUUCAGGAUAUUCCAUCGCCGAGCAGAUUCAUGCUGACUUCGAACUGGAUGUGGAGGACUCAUUCGAGAGCCUUUCAAGCUAUCAGAGGCAUUUCUGUCCGAGCUCACUGUUCACACAGCCAGGUGACAUGGGUUUAUCCUCCAAUCCGCUCGAAGAACCGACGCUAGCGCCGGUGUGCCUGAAACAAGACCUGGAUAAUUUUCCAGUGUCAGUCAUGAGUGAGCAGGCUGUGUCGCUUGAUUUGGAAGAUUGUACUGUGCCAUGGGGAUACGACUUCUCAAGACUGGACAUGCAACCAUUUCAAGGACCAUGGUCUGUGGGCCGAAUGUCAUCCAUCAAUCUCUUCAUCGACCCAUCAAACUUCUGCCACAACUUUCAAUCACCUGAGCGUCACAACAGUGAAAAUAGCUCGCCCCAGUUGGGCUUGAUGCCUAGUUUCUCCUGUACAUGUUACCAACAAGCUAUGGAUGAGCUGACCAAGGCAAGACUCCGGAUGAGCCACGAUGGAAUAUCCAGUAUUGAUAGUAUCAUCGCAUCUCAAAAAGAACUGUCACUGCAGACAGAGACAAUCCUGCAAUGUAAAAUGUGUUCGCAGUCUGAGAUCCAGGUCAAUAUGCUGAUGAUGAUAAUCGUCACAAUUGAUAGUCUCCUGACUGCACUGGAAAAAACAGCACUACCUGGCAAUCUAGAAGAGGAGAGUAAGAUGUCGUACACAGGGGCAUCAUUCAGCAAUAGGCAGGCGGCACUGACAAGCGGGUUCAAAUCGUCAGUUGAUGCAUGUCCCCUUCUGGUAGGAGCAUACAAGGUUCCCGUGGAAGAUAAAGCAUCUUUUAUUCACCAAGUACUGCAAGUGCGUUUAUUCACGCUUUUACUCACCAUCCGGAGAAUCCGGGUUUGCGCACAGCAUCAUUCAUCGGGUCCAUCAUCACGGGGUCGUCUUUUCAUGAUUAUGGAGACUGAUAGGCGGCUGCAACUCAUGAUGAUGAGGAUUAAGAUGAUGGUAACGUGA